AUGGGAAGCAAAAAAUGUGAGAUCAAUAUUGAGGGGACGACUUACACUGAUGACACAGAAGAAAAGCACAACUUUGAGAGAUAUUGUGAAAGAAAAUUCGUGGUAAAUCUCUUCGAAAGCCGCAAAUCGAACAGGUGGAAGAGAAAAAGUAUUUUUGUUGAAGAUUUAUAUGAUAGAGUACAGCAUAUCGACAGUGAAAAAAAAGAUAUUAAUCAGAAUAUCCCAGAUGUUUUGGAGGACAAUACGAGCGAGACAACUCAUUCAAAUGAAAUGUUCAAUACAUUGAAAAAACUGAGGGAUGUAGAAUGUGUGAAGAUGAAAGAGGCAUCUAAUGCCUUGAAAGCGAUAAAAGCCCUCAAAAAAAGUGACUGUUCCGAAGUAGUCUUGGCUGAAAAAAUACUCUUGGAGACUGAAUUGAAAUACAAACUGAUUGUGAAUAAAAUCAGAGACGUCAACUACAGCAAUCUCAAACCAGUGUCAAAACACAGUGCCAGUAUUACGUUAUCUAAUUUCCAGUACGAACUUAAACCGCAGUCCUCGAAGAAAAACAAAUUCGUCACGUAUUUUGUUCUGGCUGUUUCGAAUGGAACCGAUUUACAAAUGAGCAAAAUCAUCACUGCUGCUGAAGACAAAUUAUUAUUCAACGAACAAUUUCUGCUGGCCGAUUUUGAUGAAGACUUUAAUAUUGAAGUUAAAGUUUAUUCUAUCAAACUUGAUGCUACUAAACCAUGGAUAACAUCUUUUUUCAAAAAG